UUUGACUUUGACACAUAUGACAUUUACAGGUUAACAAUAAAUGUUUUUAUUAUAGUCUACCACAAAAUAUAGGUCUUUAAAAUUACUAAUAAACAAAAAUGUCGUGCAAUCAGUGUAAUACGAAAUUCAACUUUUUCCACAAAGAAAUGGGUUGUGGCUGCUGUGGUUUGGCCUUUUGUAGUAAAUGUAUCAAGCAAAAAUCCAAAGUUCCUUCGAAAGGCGACGAAGAAUUAAAUGUUUGUAAGAAGUGUUAUCUGAGAAUAAACUCAGGAGCAACUCAAACUGUGAACAGGCCGCCACCUGAUGUAUUUAUUAAGAGACUAGAAACUUUGGAAAACCCAGCUGCACCUCCUAUAACUGUAUAUAAAAAAGCAGAUCCAAAAAUGGAAUCAUUACGUAGUGGCCUCUCCGCUGCUGAUCAGAAGCUGUUGGAAAGAUUGGAGAAACUGAAGGAUGAUGGAAAAGGACCGCCGCCAACCGAAUCUGAGAUUAGGGAGAGAUUAAGGAAUCUUAAAGGAGAAAAUGAGUAUGUAGAGGGACCUAGUAAAGCAGUUUACACAGUGGACACACGAACAGACCAAGAAAAAACUGAUUCUCUGCUGGAGCAAUUUAUGAAUGAGCGAGAUAUCGAACUGUCUCACCAAAACCUUGAUGGCAUAGAAGCCAGAGUGGCAGCCUUAAGGGAACAAGGGGUAAGGCCAAACGAGGGACCAUAUAUGCAGAAUUUACAUGAUUCCAGUGGAUCUGAAGAAGAAGUUGAUAAAGUUACAAAAAAGAUAAUGGACGAAGUAGCCUUAGACGAACGCCUACCCUCAAGUAUACUUUCCAAAACCAAAUCUUCUUCAAGAGAAUCCAAAGAGGAAGAAGAAGUAGAGGACGGCUCGCCCGAGUUGCCGUGGUGCGUUCUGUGCAACAAUGACGCCAAGUACAGGUGCAUGGACUGUAGUGGCGAUUUGUACUGUAGUUCCUGCAAUACCGAAGUCCACAAAAAUUGGGGCGACACCGAUCACCACGUUGUUCCAUACAAACCGCGCUAAGUUGUAGAAAUGUUUUAUUUAUAGGUUUAUUAAUAGCACGGGAUCAGAAUCUAGGUCGAUCUUCAUCCAUUUAUUUAUGUGAUGAAACAUUUUGAAGUGAAUACUUCUUAUCGCUCGGUAUGGAAUUUUGACGGGACUAAAAUCGUAUUUGGCGUCAUUCAAAAAUCGUGAAGCAAGUGGUAGCCUUGCGGUAUAGCAUGAUAUAAAUUAUACACUUAUACAGUAUUGCCCAAAAUAAACAGUACUGAAACUGAAACACAGAUGUCUCUUUGUGCGCGCUGUCAUAUUCAAAUUAACUAGUAUAGACCUGUCAAGUAAUCCUUAAACAAUUAAUUAUUAAGGCCUAAUUGUUAAACAUGGUGUUAAGUACAGAGGCGAAAGUGUUUCUUGUGGAGCAUUAUUUUCUCUCAUACGGAACGUAAUAGUGCAAGUCUGCAAUAAGUGUGUGAUCAAUUCACACAACGGUUUAAUAAGCAUUCUCCAAGUAAUGCUGUAACUUUCAACAACCUUCAAAAUUACAGCAUUACUUGGAAAACGUUUAUUAAACCGUCGGUCGUGUGAAUUGAUCACACACGUAUUGUAGACUUGCACUAUUACGUCGGCCGCUCCCGUAUGAGCGAAAAUAAUGCUCCACAAGAAACACUUUAUCCUCUGUACUUAACACCAUUUUUAACAAUUAGGCCUUAAUAAUUAAUUGUUUAAGGAUUACUUGACAGGUCUAUACUAGUUAAUUUGAAUAUGACAGCGCGCACAAAGAGACAUCUGUGUUUCAGUUUCAGUACUGUUUAUUUUGGGCAAUACUGUAUUAACUUUUUUAGUAAUUUAAGUACAGAUCCCGAAUUUUAAAUUAUUGACUGACUUUGGGUUGGUUUCAAACCUACAGUGGUGAUUUGCUUAAUUUUCUCAAAAAAAAAUGUGUUACAUGUUUUUUCGGUAAAACUAAGUAUGGAUCCCGAAUUUGAUAUUAUUGACUGGGUUCGGGGUGGUUUCAACCCUAUAGGGUUGAUUUGUUCAGUUUUUCGAAAAAAGGAGCAGCACAUGUUUUUAUACUAAACCUAAAUAUAGAUUCCGAAUUAUUGACUGGCUUCGGGUAGUUUCAACCCUAUAGGUGUUGAUUAAACAAAAUUAAAUAAAAUCAAAUAAAAUUAGUAAAAUUAAAUAAAAAUAAUAAAAAAUUAAAUUUAAAAAAAUCAACAAAAUUAAAUAAAAAAAAAUAAAGUUAAUGAAAAAUAAAUACAAUUAUUAGUAAAAUUAAAUAAAAUUAUAUAAAGUAAAAUAAAAAUAAAUAAAAUUAUUUAAAAUUACAUAAGAAUAAUAAAAUUAAAUAAAAUUGUAUAAAAUAAAAUAUGUAAAAUAAAUCGAAUCUAUAAGAAUUAUUCACCUCUGUCGGCACACCGCAAGGGCCGCGCUCUUUUUUUUAUUAAAUUUCAUACAUAGACAAAGACGAUUUGCAUGGGUUGCUAUCGAAAAUAUGGUCAUAGCUUUGCUUAAGGGGGGCGUAGGGUUUGAAAUCAACAUUUCAAGCACAUUUUUGCGAAUUUUUUUAAAGUAUAGUAGAAUUAUUUUAUUUUUAAACUAAAUAAACAUAUUCAGUAUAAUUCAUAGAAUAUUCGAAAAAAAAUUCAUGGAAAAAUAUUGAAAAAUAAGCCAAUGGUGGCAAAUUUUUAAAGACACCUCAAAAAACUUGAGUUGAGUUUUUUUAGUAGUCUUAGAAUUGUACUGAAUAUGCAUAUUUAAUUUAAAAAUAAAAUAGUUCUACAAUACGUUCAAAAAAAAUUCACAAAAAUAUGCUUGAAAUGUUGAUUUCAAACUCUACGCCCCCAAGGAUAACUAUGAAAAUAUUUUGAUAGGCAACCCAUGCAAGUCGUAUUUGUCUAUGUAUGAAAUUUAAUAAAAAAAAAUGUUUCAUCCUGCAAACAGAUGGGUGAAGGUCGGCCUAAAUUCGGGCCUUAGACUAUAAAUAGUUCCAAGAAAUUAAUGCACUAUGGAGAAAUUUAUCAGGGUAAACAAAAGUACAUUGAAUAUUGAUUUAAUAAAAGAGAUUUCUAAAAGAGGUACAUAGUUUUCUCAUGGUCUAAGUUUCUUCUUAAAUAAGAAUCUUCAGAGCUCUUUCCAUAAUAGAAUUUGGAUAUCUUAUCUAAUUUGGUUUGCUAUUAAAUAAUGCAUUGUUACAAUAUUACUAAAUAUAGAUUUCAUCAUGCAAGCUAGUGGUAGAGGGAGAGGGGAAACCCAUAGAACAGCUAAACCAGUUCAAAUAUCUAGGUGUAGAGUUAUCAGUUAUCAUGACCCAGCCAGAGACCUAAGAGGACAAAUUAACAAGGCCGCUGUCUUGUCCGGAUGUUUGAGAGAUGUGGUCUGGAAUAACCCAUAUAUGAGAAUGGACAGCAAAGUUAGAAUUUAUAAAACUUGCAUCGGACCUGUUAUGACCUAUGGCAUUGAAUCAAAUGAAGACACCAAUAAAACCAAAAGCAUGCUACGAACAGCCGAAAUGAAGACACUAAGAGCAAUAGCAGGGAAGACAAAAAGAGAUAGAAUACGAAACAACAUCAUCAGGGAACAAUGUGACGUGCAAGAUGUAGUCAGAUGGGGCAGGCAAAGACGAAGAGCAUGGAUCAGUCAUGUAAAAAGAAUGGAAGCACAGACUACCAAGAAUUGCGCUAGAAGGAAAACCAGCAGGCAAGCGUCCACCGGGGAGACCACCAAAAAGAUGGAGAGAUAGCUGGCAGUCUACCUCUCAAGAAAUACUUCAACGUCGGAAAGAUCGAUCUAUCAUUCUCAUGUUACUUUUCUUCAGGUCUUCGUACACACUGUCUUUCCAUCUUUUUCUUGGCCUACCCUUCCUUCUCUUUUGUAUUUGCUUUCGUGAGAGUACUAUUUUUGGCAUUCUUUUACUUCUCAUUAGGGAGUUUUUGUUGCUACGUAACGUAACGCAUCUCCGUAUACGUAAAGCGAUAACGUGUCGUAGAGGAAGAACGUUAAAAUAGGUAGUUUUUGUAACUGCCUUAACGUAACGUAAAGCAAAUCGUAAAGUCAUUUUUAAAUUCCGUUGACAUUAAAAAAAUAAAACAAUGUUCACACAAUAUACAGUUAAUAUACAAAUGCAAAAAAAGAUAAAUGAAUGAUGAAAUUGUAUGGUUUUAAUUGCUUCUAUUUAAAUAUAAAAAUAUUAUUUUUCCUUAGGUUAAAAUUUUUUUAUUUUUUGUUUAUACCUACUUUUUAGUUGUAAAUUAUUGUACUACAUCAGAAUUCCAGUAUAAUGUAAAUAGUUUGUUCAUAUUUAUUUGAAAAUUUUACUGAAAUUGGGUCAUUUGUUUAUCAAGUUAUUAAUUGUGGUGAUCACUGUAUUUCUUACAUUAAUACAAGAUUUGUUUGUUUUGCUUUAUGCAUUAUGAAUUAUCUAUUAUUAUUGAUUAUCUAUUAUGAAGUUCCAAUUUCCAAUUACAAAUACAGAAUAAUUUUACUCAAAUAGAUUAAACCAAUAACCAAUAUAACCUUAAAUGUUUAUAAACGGGUAGUACGCUGAUGAAAUGUUCAUUUGGUAGGUAAUCGGGCAAGAUCCUCGUGUGCAUUCGGUGACUUUCGGCUCGAUAGGGAUGCGUAUGAACCUAACGUACCAGCCCGUAACCUUAGGUAAUACGUAUCGCGAUACGGGAGUUCAACCAUUAAUGCGCAAGCAUAUAUGUCAAAAAGAUGCGUUACGUUUACGUAUUUGUGUGCACAAAAACUCCCUAUUCUCUCGAUGUGCCCCAAAUAUCGUAUUCUCUAUGCUUUGAUCGUUGGCUCUUUAUACAGGGUGUCCCGAAAAGAUUGGUCAUAGUGUGACCAACUAGCCCGAAAAAUCCGGGACAUGGCCCGAAUUACGAAGUCGUGUCCCGACGUCCCGGACAAGGCUUCCGGGCCAUCCGAAUUUUCAACGUUUUGGUAAAAUUCUGUUUUGAAAUUUUGAAUACAUUAUUCUUGUAGGAAUUCAAACGACAUCAAAUUGAAUUGGUUGGACGAAAAAAAGUCAACAAUUUCUAGAGUGUAAUACUAAUACCACAUUUUAUAUCGUGGUACUAUAGUUCUACGAAAACUCAAACUCUGGACUUUUUCCCGUUUCUGUAUUUUAAUUAUCGUUUUCUGAAAAGGAGAUUCAAAAAGAUGAAUAUCAAAUAAUGAUAAUUAUAUUUUUUAUAUUAACCUAAGGUUCUAUUUACAUGGAAAUUCAACAUCAGUUGGUUUUCUAAAUUUGUCCUUUUUGAGAACAAUUUCCGUGUUGCAGUCGAAACGUCAAAAAUUAACAAAAAUGUAAUUAUCAUUACAACCCAUCCUGUCAUCCUGUUAAAAAAAAUUUAAUGUUGUUUAAAAAUAAUAAUUAUAAAAAUGUUAAAUAAUAUAAUCAAUAAAAUGAUGAUAUCAAUCAGUACUAUCAAUGGAAAGUCCCGGAUUUUAGGUAUUUUUUUUUUCAGCAUUGUCCCGAAUUCGACUGAAUUGGAGUUGGUCACACUAGUCAUAAAUUAUACCAGACAUUCUGGAGUCAAAAAUAAUUCGACUGAACCUAACUUACCUUAGUACAAAUGUGCUCAUAAAAAGUUACAGCCCUUUGAAGUUACAAAAUGAAAGAUUUUUUUUCAAUAUAUCGAAAACUAUCAGAUUUUUUAUUGAAAAUGGACAUGUAUCAUUCUCAUGAGAGGAGCGUCUUAAAACAAAAUUAUAGUGAGAUUUGUCCACCCCACAAAAAUUUUAUGGGGGUUUUGUUCCCUUAAACCCCCCAAACUUUUGUGUACGUUCCAAUUAAUUCAUUAUUGUGGUACCAUUAGUUAAACACAACGUUUUUAAAACUGUUUUGCUUCUUAGUAUUUUUUCUAUAAGCGAGUUUUUAUCGAGAUGCGGCUUCUUUUUUAAUAUAUUUACAUACAAAUUUUAUGGGGGUUUUGUUCAUUUAAACCCCACUAAUGUUUGUGUACGUUCCAAUUAAACUGUUAUUGUGGUACCAUUAGUUAAACACAGUGUUUUUAAAACUUUUUUGCCUUUUAGUCUUUUUUUUUUGAUGUCACUUUUUAUCGAGAUAUGGCUUCUUUUUAAAAAUAUCCCCAAAAAUGUACAUUAUAAAUAAAUUUUCAGAUUAUAACAGGUCUCUAUAAUCGUACUUAACCAUAUGUGGUGGAUUCGACAAAGAUUCAAAAUAUCUCGAUAAACACUGGCUUAUCGAAAAAGUACUAAGAGGCAAAAAAGUUUUAAAAACACUGUGUUUAACUAAUGGUGCCACAAUAAUAAUUUAAUUGGAACGUACACAAAAGUUUGGGGGGGUUUAAGGGAACAAAACCCCCAUAAAAUUUUUAUGGGGUGCACAAAUUUCACUUUAAUUUUUUUUAAGAUAUUGCUGUCAUGAGAAUGCCACAUGUGCAUUUUCAAUAAAAAAUCUCUAAGAGUUUUCGAUAUAUGAAAAAAAAAUCGAUUUUCAUUUUCUAACUUCAAAGGACUGCAACUUUUUUUGUGUGCACUAUUGUAUAUAGGUAAGUGAGGUUCAAUCAACCUAUUUUUGACUCCAGAAUCUGUGGUAUAAUGUAUGACCAAUCUUUUCGGGACACCCUGUAUAUUUCUUCCAAUUCUUUAUUGAUUCUUCUUCACUGACCUUCUAUUUUCACACCUCCAUAUAUUGCUCUUUGCAUGUUUCUCUCCCACCUUUCUAAAAGAUCUGUUUCUGACUUUUUCAGCACCCAUGUUUCGCAUGCGUAUGUUACUGUAGGUCUGAUAACAGUGUAAUAAAUUCUGAUUUUGGUUUUUCUUGAUACGUAUUUGGAUUUGAUUAAUGUGUGUAAUGCUUCAUACUUUUUAUUUCCUUUAGCUAUUCUUGCCUUUAUCUCCCCUUCCUCAUAACCAUUUCAUCUAUUUUGGCUCCCAGGUAAUUAACUUCUUUGGCUCUUUUGAACGAGUAUGUUUUUUGUCCUUCUAUUUGUAUUACGAUGUUAUUUUCUUUUUGGAUCUCUCCCAUUAUCAUAAUACUUUGUCUUUUCUUCAUUUAUUUUAGGUCCCAAUUUUUUGGCUUCUGUUAUUAUGUUUUUCAACUUUUGUAGUUCUUUCUUGCUUGUUGCUAAUAGUGUCAGAUCGUCUGCAAAUGCUAGUGGCCGUUUUUAAAUAUCGUUUCUUGUACGUUUAUUCUGCUUUUCCUGAUUAUUCUUUCCAAUACGGCUUUUCAUUGGCAGUCAUUUGUUUCGAGCUUCUGUCAUAUGUCGUAUAAUCCGUGUAUAUUAAUAUUAUACACAGAUUAUACAACAUAUGACAGAAGCUCGAAACAAAUGACAAUCGAUGAAAAGCCCUAUGCCUGCGAUAUCGUAAGUAAUAAAAGCAUCAAGAUUGAGAUUGUUGAGACAUUUAGAAAGAAUGAAAGAAUACUAAAAACAUUGGUCAAUAAACUGACGACAAAAGAAGAGUAGGUCGACCAAGAAAGACAUGGUAAGAUGAAGCAGAAAAGUACCUUAAAGAGAAAGGUGUUGAAAUUUGAGGGGGAAAAUUAACUUAUCUCCUUUUUGAAUAGUAGAAUUAGUUCGCUAAUUCUCCAUCAUUCGUAUUUUGUUCUUUUAUAAUUUGUUAAUUGUUCUGUCAUUGCUGCUCCAGUCUGGAAGAUAUUAUGUAGUAAUGAAAUUGUAUGAUUUCCUGUCAUCGCUUACUUAUGACUUUUGGAUACGUAGUGUAUAAUGGAAAUAUUGCAAUAAAUUACUUUUAAUGGGAAAUAAGCCACAAUUUUACAUAAAAAAAAUUAUUUUAUUAACGUUUCGAAGCCCAAAUCGGGUUUCGUUGUCAAAAUACAAAACACUACUAAAAUAAACAAAAAUGUUGUUACUAAGUAAAAAAAUUCUUCUAAUAAUUUAUUUAAUCUGACUCAUUUAUAUUGGCAAUUCAUACGUAUAUUAUACAUUUUAAAGUAGAAGACUUUAAAAUUAUAUCGCCAAUAUUUAUGAGUUGCGUUCCAAGGACGACUUUACUAAAAGAUAGUUCAUUCGAUUACAUGAAAUCAAUCCCAACUCAAGAAUAUCCGUCACAAAAAAAUAUAGCAUUUGAUCUGUCUUUAAAAAGACAACCAAAUGCAACGAUGACAGUAAAAUUCUCGCGUUAGAGAUUCCAUAGUAAAUCACGAGGGAAAACCAGGAAAAAACCUCGUGAUACUAUCCCGACAUCGUAAGUAUUUGGUCUUACAUUUAAUUUACUUUCAAAAAACUAAUACCAAAUUCUGACUUUAAUAUGUUUAAAUUAUAAAUAAUAUUAAUAAUACAUAGAUAUACAAUAAGUAAUACUAAAAUAUAAAAUUUGUACUAACUCGAUAUGUUAUUGGCUUACUAAUCUUAUAUAAUAUUAGUUUUUUGAAAGUAAAUUAAAUGUAAGACCAAAUACUUACGAUGUCGGGAUAGUAUCACGAGGUUUUUUUCCUGGUUUUCCCUCGUGAUUUACUAUGGAAUCUCUAACGCGAGAAUUUUACUGUCAUCGUUGCAUUUGGUUGUCUUUUUUAAGACAGAUCAAAUGUUACGAUUUUUUUUGUGACGGAUAUUCUUGAGUUGGAAUUGAUUUCAUGUAAUCGAAUGAACUGUCUUUUAGUAAAGUCGUCCCAGGAACGCAACUCAUAAAUAUUGGCGAUAUUAUUUUAAAGUCUUCUACUUUAAAAUGUAAUAUAUACGUAUGAAUUGCCAAUAUAAAUGAGUCAUAUCAAAUAAAUUAUUACAAGAAUUUUUUUACUUAGCAACAACAUUUUUGUUUAUUUUAGUAGUGUUUUGUAUUUUGACAACGAAACCCGAUUUGGGCUUCGAAACGUUAAUAAAAUCAUUUUUUUUUGGUAAAAUUGUGGCUUAUUUCCCAUUAAAAGUAAUUUAUUAUAAAAAUGCCACAAGAAAAUAGCUUCAGAACAACAUUAGGAAAUAUUGCAUUUCAGUUUUAACAGUAUUGCAACAAAACUUUCUAUUAGUGUUACUUUGUUCUUUAUUUUCUUUUCUAUAACUUCUUGUAUUUCCGUUUUUCUGUCGUCUUAAUUCCUUUUAUUAGAACUCAAUUAAUCAAUAAAUUAAAGUAAGGGUCAAAACAUGAAAAACUAAACUACCGACAUCGAAGUAAUUCCGUCAGCCAUCUGAACCACCAAUCCGACUCUUUUAACUUCUAGUGAACUAAAAAAAUGUGCACUGGGCAGUAAUCUAAUCUCCAAUACUUUUGGAGUGUAAUAAUUUUUUGGAGUACACUAGUUGAGGUUAUGAGGUUUAUAUAGUUUAAAUAAUAAUGUAUAUACUUGUACAGAUGUAUUUUUAGUUUAAUUGACAUUAAAUAAUAAACGAUUUUGUUAUUCUAA